GUUUUCCAUUUAUUUGCAUAAUUGAAGAAACAGUGAAGUUGGAUCUUCAAUCGGUGCUGAUUUUUCCAAAUAAAAAAGGAGAAGAAACGUAAUUAUUGAAACAACACGAUUGAAAAAAAUGGCUAAUUUACGUUCAUCUAUCGCAUCAGUUACAAAUUUAUUAAAAAGUUAUGGAUUCAAAAGGUGCAAUUUGACAAGUUUUAGAAGGGAAUACAGUAUGUUUCCCUCUCAUUUUGUUAACCCAAUAUAUAGAAAAGAUGAGCAAGAAGCUUUGUUGCAAAGUGAAGAAGAAGCGAUAAAGAUUGCUCAUCAACAGGUGAAACCAGCACAAGUCACCGACACAUGUUCAGAGUUUUACGAUGCUAGAGUGUUGAAAUUUAUGAACACUAUUAUGAGACAUGGAAACAGACAAUUAGCAAGAACAUUGGUGACCAAAGCUUUUGAAGGAGUCAAAAGGAUACAAUUACAGCGAUAUCACAAGGCGAAAACAGACGAGGAGAAACAAAAUAUCGAACUAGAUCCAUUUAUGGUCUUCCAUCGUGCUGUUGAUAACUGUACACCUAUUUUACAUUUAAUAGGUUGCAGGAAAGGAGGAAUCACAUAUCAGAUUCCUGUCCCAGUUUCACCUAUACUAGCACAACAAAAAUCUAUGAAAUGGUUGAUUGAAGCUGCAAAAGAGAAAGAACAUUCAGAAAGAAUUUACGAUACAUUAGCUAAAGAAUUGGUAACAGCCUCCAUGAAUCAGGGUCGUGCAGUUAAAAGGAAGGAAGAAUUACACAAAAAAUGCCAUGCUAAUCGGGCUUAUGCGCACUUUAGGUGGCUCUAGCAUGACACAAUCUGCUGAUUUGAGGUCGAACAUUACUUGAAGUGCGAUAUAAAGAUCGCUCGCAAAGUUUCGUCAAAAGUCGAAAAUACAUGUGUGAGGAAGGCUGUAUAUUAUUAUGAUAAUAAAUUGCACGCAACCGGGAGACUGUCAACACCAGAAAGAGGUUAUAGUAAACAUGAGACCAGAUGAGAUCAUGCAAAUCUCGGAAGAGGAAAAACGAGUCUUGCUAUGUAAAGAAGACUGCACAUAAGGUUUUCUUUUUCAUUAAUAUUUUAUAUUGCAUUUAUUUCGCGCGUAAUAAAAUAUACGCAUCGAGAGAAAGAAAGGUGUAAAUGAGAAAGGUGUUAUGAGAAAGUGUAGGUUAAAGGAACACAUACAGUGCAAAUUCUGUCAUCGUAAA